ACGCCAGAGAAAUCCCGCGUGUGAUAAUUCAAGUUGUAAGUGUUCGUAAAGAUGAGCAGCAAGGUACAAGAAGCACAGGAGCACGUUCGUGCGGCCGAAAAAUAUCUAAAAACGUCUCUCAUGCGUUGGAAAGCCGACUUCGACUCAGCCGCCGACGAGUACAGCCAAGCUGCACAAUGCUACCGCAUUGCCAGGGAAGUGCAACUAGCAAGGGAUUGCUACGUUAAGGCUGCAGAUUUAUAUAAGAAGAACAAAAGUCUCUUCCAUGCCGCCAAAGCUUUGGAAAACGUCAUGAUUCUCUGCAAAGAACACGCAACUGAUAAUCAAAUAUACGAUUGGGCCAUGGAUGCAUCUACUCUCUAUCAAGAACAUGGUUCCGGGGACAGUGCCGCUAACAUCCUUGAUAAAGCAGCUAAAAUACUCGAACCAAGAUCCGCAGAAAUGGCCGUAAAACUGUAUUUACACGCUGCGGAUGUUUCUUCUACGGAGAGUGGUCAACACCAGGGAGCUGAAUACUUGAGCAAGGCUUCCCGCAUACUCGUGCGACUCGAACGGUACGAUGAGGCAAUGGAUUCAAUUCGCCGUGAAAUUGGAUUUCAUCAGGAAGCGGGCAAUAUAGGACAGAUCGGAAGACUUUGUGUGGUGGGCGUACUUAUUCAACUUGCACGCGGAGAUGUUGUGGCUGCCGAAAAAGUUUAUAAAGAAUGGGGUAACUCCUGUGAAGCUCCUGAGAUGACUACGAUUGAGCAGGCCCUUCAAGCUUUCGACGAAGAGGAUCGGGAGGCUGCACAGCGCGCUCUGUCCUCCCCCUUUAUCCGCUCGAUGGACGUAGACUACGCACGCCUCGCUACGAAGAUUCCCCUUCCACAAGCAAUAGAGCCCGCACCUCGUGCUCAAGUGCGUCCUAAUGCGGCUCCUUCAUACGUGAGCGCCAACGCUGUGGCUGAUGCCGAAGUUACUGGUACCAAUGUGAAUGCCAGGCCUAGCGCCUCUCAAGGUGAGCCAGGGAUCUACAGUUACCCCGAUGAAGAGGACAAUGAAGAAUCACCGUACGUGGCAGUCACAUACGGUAAGAAGGAACAGAGCGAUGAGGAAGAAGAACUAUGUUAGACUGCUAAGUGAACGCUUAAUGCUGUAAGUUGUAGUGCCGCUAUACUUAGGCAUGACUGCAGUCUGACAAGUCUUUCUAAUUGUAUAUGAGGUACUUGCUCAUUCUCCGAUAAAUGAUCGCAGACUUUAAAAAAUAUAUACCACAUACCAUAAAAGGGUUGUAGGGGUAAGAAAAAUCGUGAAAUAUGUGAAUGGAAAUGUGUGUUUUAGUGAAGUUGUGUGAUCAUGAUGUGCCCUUAUUUUCGAAAAGAGUAGCGUCCCACGAUCGCGAUGCGUUCGGUAGGCAGAAUUCAUGUCACCUACUUUUAAAACGCCAGUCGUGGCGACUGGAAUCUGCUAUGAUAUAGCUUAGUAUUAGCAAUUUUGCUGCAUCGAUGCAGUCGCAAAAGCACAUGUGUUUGGACUCUUAUCGCAGAUGAGUAUUGCCACGAUUAAUUUCUUUACGUACCGUAUGUGUAAUGGGCAUUACAUUCAUAGUGAUCGUAAGUACCCUCUGGCAGUUUUGAACAGGUUAUAUCGGAUCAAAUCUUUGAAUAGCGCAUCAAGAGACAGAUAUAUGCUUGUGAUCAUUUCGUAAUCGUACAAACACUGAAGGCUUCCCCAAUAAAUAAGGACAGUCAAAUGUGGUCAUUAAAGAUUGUAAUCAUAUAUCAACUUGACCGAAAAACUGUAGUGUAUGUAUACUUAUACCAAUUCUUAUAUUAAAAAUAUCUUUGUGUAAACCGUAAAUUUCAUGAAGUAACCGUUUCAUAAUAAAUUAAAUAAGCAUAGAUAAUAAUCAAUACAUACAUUACAUAGCUAAAAGCUAAGUAGCAAAUACG